GCUCAUGCCGAGAAAUUGAAGUAAUUCGCACCUCGCACUUCGCAUUUCGCACGUCUCCAGUGCUGCACUCACCUCGCCAUCUGAAAGCCAGUGGUCUGUGCCAUUUUACCAUCGACUCGCGCAGCCCAUCAACCUUUCCAAUCACCCGCCGCUGCCAAGCGAUAGACCCCCAUAGCUUCCGCGCCAUAACAAAGUCGCUGAACACUCCUGCUGGCCCGCCUACUGUCUCCUAUCCGCAUCCGCAUCACUGCACCUACCUUGCGUGCUGAUCUGGUCCUCGUGCAGCAUCUUCAGAGCUCCGCACUUAGCUACCUUUCUCCCCGACGCCGCCCCAUCAAUCUCGCCGAACAGGGCCCAAGGAUCCUCGGACGACUCUAAACAGACGUCGCGCAUACCACAUCGACCAUGGCUGCCCCAGCUACUCAAUCUCUCAAGUGCGUUGUCACGGGUGACGGUGCCGUUGGCAAAACAUGUCUUCUCAUCUCGUACACGACAAACGCUUUCCCUGGAGAGUACAUUCCCACAGUAUUCGACAACUACUCCGCAAAUGUUAUGGUGGAUGGCAAGCCCAUUAGUCUUGGAUUGUGGGAUACCGCUGGUCAGGAGGAUUACGACCGACUGCGGCCACUCUCUUACCCGCAGACGGACGUUUUCCUAAUCUGCUUUUCCAUAGUCAGCCCACCGUCAUUCGACAACGUAAAGGCAAAGUGGUACCCCGAGAUCGACCAUCAUGCACCCGGCGUGCCCAUCAUACUCGUCGGAACAAAGCUGGAUUUGAGGGACGACGAAGGGACCAAGGAGUCGCUGAGGCAGAAGAAGAUGGCGCCCAUCCAGUAUGAGCAGGCCGUCAUGGUCGCAAAGGAGAUUAAAGCACAAAAGUACCUAGAGUGCUCUGCGCUAACCCAGCGCAACCUUAAGAGUGUAUUCGACGAGGCAAUCCGUGCCGUGCUCAGUCCUCGUCCCCAGCAGCAGGCAGCGAAGAAGAAGUCCAAGUGCACCAUCUUAUAAGCGUCGAGGAGUUGUAAUCAGGAGUGGACCGAGAGCUUGAAUAUCUGCAUCGACCCACAUCCAGCAUGAAAGAGGGCAGGAUCGCGACUCGAUUCGACUGGGCAGCACUAAUCACUGCGCGGCCGUUAUGGAAUUGGCGUGGUCAGGCAAACGCAAGAUAUCUCAGCAUUUGGCACAAUCUACACAUGAACAGCGUUUGCUUGCAGCAUUUGCAGUUUCUCCUGCGUUUUGCAGAAGCACACAUAUAAUCACGCUUUGGGUUUUGCUGCAUUACUUUCCUUGGGCGCAGUAUAUUCAUAGGACUGGCUUAGCAUUACCCAUAGAUCUGUUUCCUGCACGAAGCCACGCCCAACAAUGACCUCGUGACGAAAGAUGAGCCGUGCAUGCGCAAGGCGACAUAGACAGCAUUAGUGCCAUGUACGUGUACGAAA